UUUACCUCUCUGAAAGUGGAAAAUAAACAAUAGAUCUUCGCUCAGGCACUCAUGUUUCUAAUGUUGUUGUCGCUGCCGCUGUUUGUCAGGAGUGUUUAUGUUUCUGAAUGAGCUCUUGCUUUUGAGGUUAGAAGUCAUUGAAUCUUUCUACUGCACUGUUGAUUUUACAAUUAGCCUUAUAGGCUAAAAGGAUUGUAAGAACUUUGUUUUUCCCUCUUAGAUAAAUAUGUUGAUUUGUAUCGAUAAAAAGGAUAAUUUUCUAAUUUUAAAAUUGUUUGAGAUAGAAACAAAACAUUCCUUUCUUAUGCUACAUUUUCACGUUCCACUCUUAUCUAGGCUUAGCAAAAUCAAAGAUUCUCUGACUUUACGAUUUUGGCCAAAAUGAGGAAACGGCUGACUUUAAAUCUAUCUGGCAUGGAUGUUCUUCUUUUUUUAGAGUUUAGUUUUGUAAACAUGCGAAAUAUCGAAACUAAAAUAACGCACCGCCGCCAAGCUUGUUUUCUUUUCCACCAAGACUCUCAACUGGGAGAAAGGGCAUAGAUCUAGACUGCAGUGGUGCUGGAUUUUAUGAAAAAAUCAUGGGGAACCCAGAUGAUGCUGGGCUGACUGUUGUCCUUCCAAGCUGUGGCCCAAAUUGUGUAGAGACUUUGAGACAUCAUCUAGAUUUCAGCUUCAGAAGAGAGCAUGGGAAUGGGAACAAUGGACUGAGAGAACAUAAUGUGUGCCUCUGCCUGCAGUCUCAAGAUAUUAAACUUUUCUGUUCGAUUGACUUCAGUAAAGUUGGCGCCCAGCUUACAUGUUUAAACUUGAACUACAACAGAUUGUGCAGUCUUCCAAGCGGCUUGAGCGUUCAGCUUCCCAACUUGUGUUCUUUUCUGGCUGAUGGUAAUGACCUGAGUACUCUUCCUGAGGAUUUCGGAGACUUGACACAUCUCCAGGAACUGUGCUUGUGUGAAAACAACCUGACUGUUCUUCCUGAAACUUUGUGCAGACUGAAAGAUCUAAAAAUUCUGAAAGUUCGUGCAAAUUCCUUGAGGCAACUGUACUCUGAAAUAGGACAGAACACAUUCCUUGAAGUAAUCAGUGUUGAUGAAAAUCGUCUAAAACGCUUCCCUGCUACAAUAGGUUUGUUAAAAAAAUUGAGGAUUCUUGAGGCAAACGACAACAAAAUAGAAACCUUGCCUUCCACAGUUCAUUUUCUGGAAAGUUUAAGAACUCUUGAUUUAAGUAGAAAUAGGAUAGACAGACUUCCUGACACAUUUGGAGAGUUGAGAAAUCUAAGACGAAUUGAUUUCUCUAAUAACAAACUAACUCACCUAUGUGGCACAUGCAAGUCUGCCUCUGUCUUGGAGUAUAUAUUUUUAGAUUCAAACCAAAUUGCAGUUGUGCCUGAGUGGUUUUGUGAUUUAGAGUCUGUGAAGGAGAUUACUUUGAAAGGUAAUGAACUUUUUGGUUGUGCCUUUAAAGAGCAGUUUGGUUCCAAGUCUACACAUCUAGAGUCACUUGACCUGAGAGGGAACUAUUUGGACAAAUUACCUUCAAAUUUUACCAAAAUGACAUCACUGAAAGUUCUGCUGAUGGGAACACCUUUAGAAGCACUUGAGAGAAAUCCAAAUUUUCUCAAUGGCAACUGGCUCACAAGUCUCCCUGAGCACUUUGCCGACUUAGAGUCACUGACGACACUGCGGCUAGAAGAGAACCAGCUCAGCUUUCUACCAGAAGAUUUUGGACGACUGUCUCAUUUGGAAGAACUUUUGCUUGGGAAUAACUUCUUGUACGAGCUACCAGCAUCUUUCCCUCAGUUGGAAUCACUCACAAAGUGUCAACUAACAAAGAAUAGAUUGGAAAAGCUACCCAGUGAUUUUGGUGCUCUCACGACUUUGCAAGAACUUCAUCUUGACUCAAAUAGGCUGCGGGAUUUGCCAGAAUCAAUGUCACGUCUUACCAAUUUGGAGAUUCUGGAUCUGAGUGAAAACAAGCUACGUCGAGUCCCUUCUGAGAUUAUUUCAUCCCUCCACAAACUUAAGGGGCUUACCAUGCUCUCAAACAAAUUUGAAGUUCCCGACUCUGACAUCCCACAAAUCGUGAAGAGAGCUCACUAUGAAGAGAGGAAUCCAGAGUACAAGGGCAACUGGCGGGGACGCAACAACAGACCAGAAGCUACUCAGGAAGCGCUGGCACAGGAGCUGAAUAACUCAGGAAGAAACAGCCCAUAUUUUGGACAGAGUGACUCGGGUGAUGAGGACGGAGAUGCACAGCAUACUGCACAAGACUCAAGUGAUGAAGAAGAGGACUGGGACAAGGAGAUAGAGCAAUCUAUCAGUUCGUCUACAUCCACUGAAAACUAUAUGAUGCCACAUAAAGACGAGGAGGAAGAAGACUGGGAAAAGGAUCUGCCAACUCCUCUUCUUCCUCUGAACUCCUCCAAAAUUGAGCCUGGACAAUUUGACUUGGACGAUGAACUGAGAGACCAGAAUAGAUUACUACAGUCAUCUCCUCUUAGCUUUGACUUCUAUGGCAACCCGUCCAAACCCAUAGAUCAGAUCAUCGAGAGCCACAAGCAUUUGCCCUACCUACUACACGCAUCCAGAGUCAAUCGGCGUCUUUAUGUGCCUCCUCAGGAAGAAGAAGGCCAGUUUGACAGCGAUGAUGACGGUCAAGAGCAUGAUACUCCACAUAGUGUACACAGUGCAGAUGUGUGCACUGAAAGUUAUGAUAAUAGCGAACUUGGUGCUAAAGUUACAAGUAACAAUUUGCUUGACCCUCCAAGUCUAGAUAGCAAUCAUUCCGUAUGUAAUUCAGCAAUUCAUGAAGUGAUCCCCGGUCAGUUUGAUGAUGAUAAUAGUUGACGAUAGUUCCUUCCAGUAGCGAUGUACAAAGUAUAGUCAGGAAGACCCAUGGUUGAAACAGUGUCAGCUCCAGUUUCUUGUUAAAUGUUUAUUGUUUGUUCUGGGUUUGUACUUAAUUUCCACUCUUUUUGAACUGUUAUAGCUACAUUUAUUCCUUGUUUUUAAGUUUUAGUUUUGAAGUAGUUUGAAAAGCAGAUGUACUGUAGUAUCUUUCUACAAGAUAAUAACAAAUCAGUGUAGUGCACAUGCUUGCGGCAAGGAGAAUCAGCCAAGGGAUGUCUUUUUCCCUUUUCUGAUAUGCUGUGGCAUCUCACAUUUUGGUGCGUUCAAACAGCUCUCAGUUUUGGUUUGUUUUCAGAAUCACACCACCCCUUCCAAUACAUCUUUUGAAAUGGGAAAAAAAGUAUCUUUAAAAUUGUGAUCUUUGUGUUGAAAUUGCUUUAGAAAUUUCUAAAAGCCGAUGAAAUUAUUAACUGAGCAGUGUAUUUUUUUUUAACAUUACAAAAUGUUUGAAUAUCCAUUUUAACAUCUUUAGACACUUGAGUUGUUCAAUGUGGUAUUUGCAAAAUGCAAAGGUGGUUUUCACAAAAGCGCAUACCCAAGGCAGAAUCUUGGAGUCAUCCGGUCAGCAACCAGGCGUCCUUGCUGCACACUGCAGUCUCGAUCUAUCUUUUUUAUCUCUGGAAUUUUAAUAAAACUUGAGUUGCAAUUCUCAUUAAUUUUAGAUCAAGUGUCUAGAUGUAUUUUCUACAGUAAGUAGAUCUAAUUAUAAUAUUUACUUUAGCUUUUAAUUAAUUUAAUUUUUUGCUAAAAUCAGUUAUGUUAUUGUGUCUGCAAAAUAACAACAAUAAUAAUGAUUAUGUUGUUAUUGUCAAGACUAGUUUACUUUUAACUUUAUCAAUUUGUGCCAUUUCCUUUGAUAUGGCCAAAGAAUGGCAGAAGAAUUUACAGGCAAUAUGCCUCAAAGUUUUGUCUUCAUUUAGGGGUUUGGGUUUUUUUUUCACUUCAGAUGUUUUGACUGUGAUAAAGAUUAAUUUCAAAUGCAUCCAUGACAUAAGGUUAUAAUAGUUGCCAUUAAAAGUGACAAACCCGAUGUAGUUGAGAAUUUAAGCAAUUUGAUUUAUUAUGUAAAAGCAGUAAGUAACUAACCCAAGAAAUGGAAAUUUGUGCCAACCUAAACUAAUAUCGAUAGAAUGUGGGAGAGAAAGAAAUUCAAAAUAUAAAAGGAAGUGUACUAUUUAUUUCUCAUCCAUAAACAUUGUUAUUUGACAA